AGCUCACAACUCGUCCCGAUCCGGUGUCCCACUUCUGACAAGUCGGGGUUGUGGCCAGGUGCUCGUCAUGUCCGUGGAAGGUACCUUAGAUAACAUAUAUUGUAACAGGUACUUGCAUAUCCUCUCCCCGACUAACCUGCGCCACCUAGCCCGGGAGUGGCUGAAGGAAGACACCCCAAGUUUUGACUAUGCAGGAUUUGUGGUUGGGGAGAAGGAGGAACGUGCGGUGCUGCUCCUGAAAAGCCCUGCAGUCGUCGCGGGUAAACCGUUUGUGGACGCCGUGUUUCGGGAACUAGACUGUACAGUUGAAUGGCUAGUUGAGGAAGGACAGUUCCUGGAGCCUAUCCACACCGUGGCGAACGUUACUGGCAAAGUCCGACAUCUACUACUUGGAGAGAGAGUGGCCCUCAACUGCCUCUCAAGGGCCAGUGGUAUAGCUACUAACGCUAGAAAGUUGAAACAGCUGACUGAGUCUGUAGCUUGGAGAGGAGAGUUAGCGGGAACAAGGAAGACAACUCCUGGCUUUCGUAUGGUGGAGAAAUAUGCUCUGCUCAUCGGCGGUGUAGCAACACACAGAUACGAUUUGUCGUCGAUGGUGAUGCUGAAAGACAACCACAUAUGGACAGCAGGCAGUAUAGAACAGGCAGUGAAAGACGUGCGUGUGGUAAGUGGUUUCUCCUCCAAGAUAGAAGUCGAGUGUCGGAGUCUGGAGGAAGCAAGAGAAGCUGCACGUGCAGGGUCUCAAGUGGUCAUGUUGGAUAACUUCUCGCCAGAGGCUCUGUCCCAGACUGCUGUGGUCCUGAAGAAGGAAUUCCCCGAGUUGAUUAUUGAAGCCAGCGGAGGCAUAACCCAGACAAGUGUAUGUAGCUACUGUGACGAUAACGUGGACGUCAUCUCAAUCAGCGGAUUGGUCCAAGGCUACACCACCGCCGACUUCUCAAUGAAAAUUUUUAAGGACGGAAAGGAUCCGAGGAAUCCUAUAGUUGAGCAAGUUUUGAAUGCUAAAUCGGCAGACGUCAAUGAGACAUAACGGAUUAACUGAAAUAUGUAAAGUGUAGCAAAUCAGUUAAACCUAUAUAUGUAUUUUGUAACCUUACUGUCGUUCUGAUCGGGCAUUAAAACAGGAAAGUAUACCAUGGCAGCAUUCCUAAUUAAAUAUAAAUCCAAUGAACUCAAACAUUGUAAGCAGAAAGUCACCCUCCAUACAACUAAAAGGGACUUUAUACUGACUGGUGAGAUUACCGUUGCAUUACUGUUCGUAAAGUAUGUGCAACCUUUUCAUCUACUUUGCCUUACCCUGCAGACAGCUCGAAGUUCUGUAAGUGGUUAUAACCUUAUAUAUAAUAAUACCUGUGUCUAUGCUGCUGGGAAGAUAAAAGAUCUCAGGAACCAU